AUGAUCAGGCCACCGUGGGUGCUUGACUCGUAUGCAUUGCAACACAUCGCAAGUCUGCCGCCAGAUCAGACAGAGUACGGCUGGGCAACAUUCCGACACUAUUACUACAACUCGUACAAAGUACCUUGUGUAGCUACCUUCCUCAUCUGGGGCCUCUUUCUCGCACUAUGCCUGUCCUCUGGCCUGGCUGCGUUCGUCGAGCGCUUCCUCCCUCGUCUUCAUCGUGCCAUCGCGAAACGAACCACCUGGUGGCGGGGACACAUUUCCGAGCAUCCGUUACUAUCCCAGACGCACUCACACACUGUCUCUUGCGGCACAGGCCGCUUGAGCUGGCUCACCUUGCACUUGCCACUCCGCCUCGAGGCCAUCAUCCUCGCUGCCAUGGUCACAUUCAACAUCGUACCCCUCUUCGCUUUCUAUUCGCUCUACGUCGGCCACAACACCUACUUCACCGGCACAGAUUUCGUCAGCCGACGUUCCCAGAUCCUACGACACAUGGCCAACCGCUGUGCUAUGUUGGGAAUCGCCCAAUUACCCAUGUUGAUUUUGCUCGCCAGCAAAAGGACUCCAGUUGCGUUGCUUAGCCAGCUGUCCAUGAACACCAUGAUCCUCUUCCACCGCUGGAUCGCCAGAAUGUGCUAUCUGCACAUCGUCGUUCACACUCUUGGCAACUUUCUCAUCUUCUAUUUUGGCACCGGUGUUUCCAAAGGCCUCAAGGUCCCCGCUGUUCAGUGGGGCAUCGCUGCCAUCGUCAUGCUUUCUGGCCUCGUUUUCUUGUCGCUGAGGACACUGAGAAACAAGCACUACGAGGUGUUUGUCUUUCUUCACAUCAGCAUGGCCGUGCUCAUGAUCGUCUUUACCUAUUUGCACAUCAAGCUGCUCCACCAAGGCAGGCUCGAACUGCAAAUCUUUGUCAUCGAAAUGACGGCUGCUUUCUACGCCUUUGACAGGAUCAUCCGAAUCCUCGGGCGGAUCAUCAUGUCUCUGUCGUGGCGUUAUGCGGAUGGAGCUGGCGCAACCCGCAAGGCAGAGCUCACGUCGUACGGCGGCGGUGCAUACACACGCCUUCGAAUCCAGGUCCCUAUCUCACGGCUUCGCCUGCCACCUGCUUCUUCACCAUCCUCAUCCAGCUCUUACGUUGACCUCGAGAGUGAUGACAAGCAUAGUGUUGCCGAAUCUCUUCGCAGCAAUUCCGUGCUAGGCGUGGCUCGCAUUGGUGCCGGCGACGACGUCCGCAUCACCAUCCCCAAGCUGCAGUGGGUCGGCGAUCACCCCUUCUCCGUCUUUGCCGUUGGACGCUGUAAGAGCGGAAACCCGGACCUUGGUUACGUCGACCUCGUCAUUCAACGCCAGACUGGCGUUACCCAGAAGCUCUCCAAGCUUGGCCAGGAGCUCUCGUUGACGACAAUCAACGACGAGCGGAGACCGUGCGAUGGAUACCUACGCCAGGCGGUGCGGACAAAGGGUAAGCGUGUCAGAGUGGUGAUCGACGGACCAUUCGGUAGGAGCCCUUCGUUGGAGGGUGCACAGCACGCUGUUCUCGUUGCAGGCGGGAUCGCUAUCACUUUCUGCUAUCCGCUGCUGGUCAAAGCGGCUCGUGGCGAGUUCCGCAGUCUCGAGAGCUGUAAGCUAGUCUGGCUCGUGCGCAACGAGUCGAUCCUGGAUGUGCUGCGUGAUAGCUUGUCAGAGGUGCUGGACGAGCUUCGACACCGGAGGGGUAGUCGAUGUGCACUUUCGAUCGAUAUUUACGUGACCUCCAAAGCCGAAUCGCCUAGCAGCAGUACACUAUCCGAGCUGUUGACAGACGAGAAAAAGAGGAGACUACCUUCGAGGCUCGAACCGACUUGGAACGCCACCUCUGGUUGGACCACGGAGCGGUCUUCCUCUUCCUCGGCUACACUUGUCAACUCGGCACAGUCCUCGGCGGCGAGCUCUGUGAAGCACGGCCACGCCAAGCCACAAGUCUGGGACGGCAUCGGGUACAGGCAACAUAACGAACUCGACGUCAUGCCGACCUUGUCGAAAGGAAGUUCCUUGCACCACCAGCAACUACCGCGCUUUCACAACAGGUUUACGCCCAACAUUUCGCAGACAAACAUUUCGCAGAUCACUCUGGAUGCACCGCAAUCGAGCCUUGACGACUUGUCACCGAGCUCAACGUCGCUAGCUUUCAAGAGAUCCGCCAGACAGCUGCAACAGGCACUACCAUCGACGUAUAGUACGCACGACAUCAGCUCCGUACCCGUCGAUCGACCUUGGCAGGUUCAUGGGCAGCGUCACAAGAAGCCCGAAGAGGGGCUCUUCCUCGACGGUCGUUCAUACAGGGCAGCGAAUGACGGCGCAAACACUCCUAGAUCGCUAUACUCGGACUUGCCGUCGAGAUCUCCGUACCGCACAUAUCACCUUGACAGCAGCACGAGCAGCAGCAGCGUCUCGUUGAACCAGUUGCAUCCGUUCUACAGCAAAAGCAGCUAUUCGAGCGUGGACAGCGUCUACAGCAUCUUGCAGUCCGAGUAUUCUCCAUCGUCGUACCUUCUGGCAACCCGGGCUUCCAGCGGCAAAGACGAGCAUCCGGACGGACGGUUCGUCUCUAAAGACGUGCUAGCAGAGACAAGAGGCAACGCUUUGAUCGAGAUUCGCCGCUUUCGAGGCAGGCCGACAACGCUGGCAGCUGUUCAUCGACACAUCACCCAACAAGCUGAUCGGGAGGAAGAUUUGGGGAGAAUCGUGUUCGCAACGUGUGGGCCGGCGCGCAUGUGCGACUCGGUACGGGCUGAAGUUGUGUCGCUGCUUAAGAAGGGUGUCGACGCAGCUUUGGUGGAAGACUGCUUCAAUUGGUAG